GGAACGAACUCAGAAAAGACAUGUAUAAAUCCUAAGAAUACGGAGGAUUAUAAAUCGAAAAUAGAAAAAAUUGUAUUGGUAGAUGAAUUAGAAAUCCCUCGAGGCUUGUGGAAAUUGGGAAGAAUAAUGGAACUAAAAAAAAUAAGGGGAGGGAUGGCAUUGAUAGUAUUAGUGGAGAUACUUAAUGGAAAAUUUAUCAAUAGACCAAUAAAUAUGGUGUAUCUUCUAGAAAUAAAUGAUAAAGAAAAUUCGAAAAUUCAAUCAAUAACAUUGAAAAAUCGAUGGAGAAAAUCAAUAAACAAGAACUUACAACCUUAUGAACUAGGAGUAUCGUAA